AGCGCCAGCGGGACCAAGCGGCGCAAGUGGGUGGAGUGCGUGUGCCUGCCGGGCUGGCAUGGCCCCAGCUGCGGGGUCCCCACUGUAGUCCAGUACUCCAACCUGCCCACCAAGUCUCCGGUUGAGAUCCCCCGGCGGGUCAUCAAUGCUAUCAAUGUCAACCAUGAGUUUGACCUGCUGGACGUCCGCUUCCACGAGCUGGGAGAUGUGGUGGAUGCCUUCGUGGUGUGCGAGUCGAACUUCACAGCCUACGGAGAGCCACGGCCCCUCAAGUUCCGUGAGAUGCUCCUCAAUGGCUCCUUUGACUACAUCCGCCACAAGGUGCUCUACGUCUUCCUGGACCACUUUCCCCCCGGCGGCCGCCAGGAUGGCUGGAUUGCUGAUGAUUACCUGCGCACCUUUCUCACCCGGGACGGCAUCUCUCGCCUCCGCAACCUGCGCCCGGACGACGUCUUCAUCAUUGAUGAUGCCGAUGAGAUCCCAGCCCGCGACGGUGUGCUCUUCCUCAAGCUCUACGAUGGCUGGACGGAGCCCUUCGCCUUUCACAUGCGAAAGUCGCUCUACGGCUUCUUCUGGAAGCAACCAGGCACCUUGGAGGUGGUCUCUGGCUGCACCAUGGGGAUGCUCCAGGCAGUCUAUGCUACCGACGGGAUCCGUCUGCGGCGCCGCGAGUACUACACCAUGCCUGGCUUUCGGCAGUACGAGAACAGCACAGGACACAUCCUGGUGCAGUGGUCGCUGGGCAGCCCCCUCCACUUUGCUGGCUGGCACUGCUCCUGGUGUUUCACCCCAGAGGGGAUCUACUUCAAACUGGUGUCGGCCCAGAAUGGGGACUUUCCCCGCUGGGGUGACUAUGAGGAUAAACGAGACCUCAAUUAUAUCCGGGAGCUGAUCCGGACUGGUGGCUGGUUUGAUGGUACUACGCAGGAGUAUCCCCCCGCCGACCCCAAGGAGCACAUGUACGCUCCCAAGUACUUGCUCAAGAACUACCAGCGGUUCCGCUACUUGUUGGAGAACCCCUACCGAAAAGCAGAGGGCGCUGGGUGAGGCCUCGCGUGGGAAGUCGGAACUUCAGAACAAAGGGAAACUCGCGUGUCU